GUCACCAUUAACAAGACCGCAGUGUAAUUUUUAUCAAGAAACUUACAGAUUUGCUUCAAAGAAAUAUCAAAUAUUGGAAAUAUAUUACUAUUAUUUUCUUUAUGAAGUGCUUUCAUUUAGAAAUCAAACGUCAGAAUGUCUUGAUUAUCUCUGGAUGACACCUUGAGGUACUCUACCAUGAAUCAGAAGUGAAAGUAUUUUGUAACUACGCACCAUUGUGUUCUAAAUCUAUUCUGAAAUUAGACACCCAUUUGCACAUGAAUGUGAUUUUCUUUAGCUUUUAUUUUGAAAUUCUAAAUCAGAAUAUCCCAAUAUUGGAAUAAUUACUUUAUUUCAUUUAAUGUGUUCAUCAUUAAUACCAUUCAUGAUUUUUCAUCUCUUCAUUUAGUUUAAUCUAUCACUAUAUCUGUAUUUAAAGGCGUGUUUCGUCAUAUCACGUUCACCGGAAGUUCGCUCUUAUUUUGAAGACAGCUUUCACACGCUCGUACCGUAAUGUCUGGUAUAUACGUGUACUGAAAAAAAUCGUGCGGGCUGGCUUGACUGUUUUUCGAAGUGGCGGCUGGCUUGACUGCAGUCCAGGGGGCGACUCCUCUGGUUGUAUAGAAGUCUAUGCUUCAUGUGUUAAAGCUGACCAUCAUGUGAUGGUGAUGAUGAUGAUGGUGGUGAUGAUGAUGAUGAUGAUGAUGAUGAAGAUAUUUCUGCUGCAGCGCCUUUAAAACACGUUAUUUCUGCAUUCCGCGGCGUUUGCGGUUUUUUCUGUGCUUCAGGUGUGCGUGCGCGCGUGCGUUAGGGGCGUGGAGGUGAAAAGGGGGCGCGUUGCCCCCCCCCCCCCCCCCACGUGACCAGCCUGUCUGUGCUCCCCGGUCCGGAUCUCUUUGUUGUGGAGCUCGUUGCUCUCUUACGCACCGACGGAGCCGGAGAAGCGUCGCCUCGUCCCGCAGCCGAAGCCCCGAGACCCGGAGGGAGGACGCGGAGGACCGGGGACCAGCACGCGGAGGAAGGACGCAUGGCGGCGCCUCCUCUUCCCGGGGAUUCCUGAGAGAGGAGCACAUUCCUCCAUCUGCACCGCCUGCUUGGUGAUCGCCUCCAGCACCGGGAGGAGGUGUGUGGGGGGGGGUCUUCAUCAGCACCAUGGUGUCGGGCCCUGAUGGGGGUCCCGCGGCCCAGGUCCUGAUCCUGGUCUCCGCCUGCCUGCUGCUCCAGCUGCCGGAGGCGCGUGCGUCGUACCCCCAGAGCGGAGAGUGCAAAGGCAAAGGGAAGGACUGCACAGACCUGUCGGAGAAGAAGAGCGACCUGAUGCUCUGUGACGGCUCCAGCUGUCUGUUCGGAGGCGUCUGCCGAGACGACGGCGCUCAGCUGAAGUGUGUCUGCCAGUUACAGUGUCAUAGGAGCUAUGUCCCGGUGUGCGGCUCCAACGGAGACACCUACCAGAACGAGUGCUACCGGCGGCAGGCGGCCUGCAGGCAGCAGCGGCUCAUCUCACGGGCCUCCGACGGGCCCUGCUCUGCCGAUCCUGGUUCUGGUUCAGGAGACGGAGAUGAUGAAGAGGGUUCCUCCUCUGACGUUGGGAAGAAGUUCACUAAGUGCAGCAGCUGUCGCUACGGAGCCGAGUGCGACGAGGACUCAGAGGACGUGUGGUGCAUCUGUAACAUCGACUGCAGCGGCCACAAUGAGAACCCGGUGUGCGCCACCGACGGCGACUCGUACAACAACCCGUGUCUGGUCCGCGAGGCGUCGUGCAUGAAGCAGGAGCAGAUCGACGUCCGGCACCUGGGCCGCUGCCCCGAGACCAUCGGGCCGAUCCCGUGUGCCGACAGCUACGCCGGCUUCUGUAUCCACGGGAAAUGUGAGGUCAAGUCCAACACUGCCACCUGCAGGUGUGAUGCAGGCUACAGAGGUGCUCAGUGUGACGAGCCUCAGGACUUCAACAUCCUGUACGUUGUCCCUAGUGGUCAGAAGCUGCACUACGUCCUCAUCGCCGCCAUCAUCGGGGCGGUGCAGAUCGCCAUCAUCGUCGCCGUGGUGAUGUGCAUCACAAGGUCAGGCCUGAACUGUCCUCAGAACAACAGAGGCCGCCGGCAGAAACAGAACCUGGGGCACUUCCCCUCGGACACGAGCUCCCGGACGGCCUGAGCAGAACUUUUGUAACGUCGAUUGUGUCAACUUUUUUAUUUUUGGUCCCGGGAAUCGAUUAAAAAAGAAGAACGAGGAACUUUAUGUACGGCCUUAUUUCACCUCCGUUAGAAUGUUGAGACGGGAGUCAUGGAGUCUUCCUUUGGGGCGAGACCAAGGAUGACAUCACUCUGCAUCACUCUUCAUCACUACAUCACUCUUCAUCACUCUACAUCACUCUUCAUCACUCUUCAUCACGCUACAUCACUCUUCAUCACUCUACAUCACACUACAUCACUCUACAUCACUCUACAUCACUCAAAUCACUCUUCAUCACUACAUCACUACAUCACUCUUCAUCACUCUACAUCACUCUUCAUCACUCUACAUCACUCUUCAUCACUCUACAUC